AAAAAAACUAAUUAUCAACUUUGUCUUGUGUGGGUUUUAGGGUUUUUACUUCUAUUCCGAUUUUCAAUUUUAGGGUUUUACAAAACCUCUUUCUUCCUCCUUCUGAGCUGAACUUUUUAGUUCGAAAAGAUGAGGAAAUUGAAAUUUCAUGAGAAGAAAUUGUUGAAAAAAGUGAAUUUCUUAGAAUGGAAAAGAGAAGCAGGUCACAGAGAAGCCAGUAUCAUGCAGCGUUAUCAUCUUUCUGAACGUGAUGAUUACAAAAAGUAUAAUGGUAUAUGUAGAAUGGUGCAAAAGCUGGUUAAUAUAUUGAAGCAGAUGGAUGCAGGAGACCCUUAUCGAAUAGAAAUGACUGACCAUCUCUUGGAGAAAUUAUAUAAUAUGGGUGCGAUACCCAACAGAAAAAGCUUGGCGGUGUGCGAGCGCUUGAGUGUGUCCUCUCUUUGCAGGCGGCGACUCUCGUUUAUAUUGGUGAGGUUGAAGUUCACCGAGUAUCUGAAAGAAGCUGUAACUUACAUUGAACAGGGACACAUCCGAGUGGGUACCGAGACAGUGACGGACCCAGCAUUCCUUGUUACCAGGAAUAUGGAAGAUUUCGUGACUUGGGUUGAUUCAUCUAAGAUAAAGAAGAAAGUUCUGCAAUAUAAUGAUAAACUGGAUGACUAUGAUCUUAUUCAGUGAGCAAGAUUCAAGACUCAAGGCUGCUUUUCUUGGUUUUUUGUGGAUGAUUCCAUAAAUUUUGAUCAAGUAUUGUUGUAUAAUCUAUUUAUGUCCUAAUAUUUGUAGUUAGCCUUUUGUUUAAACUAGGAGUACUAACAAAAAGGCCUUUCUCAUUAAAGAAAUUUUUUGAAUCUUAUAUUAUUUUACUUGUAGUUAGCCCAAAAUGCAUCCGACCAAGUUCAACCCAAUCUAGCUAUUUUACAAGUUCAACAAUUAUGGAGCCCUUAAUU